UCAUUCUGGCAACCCAGGCCGGAUCAACAAGCGAGCGGUCUGCUUAGUCGGUUUGUUCGCAAAAUUUACAAAAAUAUUAUUUUUCUCGUAGUCUCCCGCGUUUUGUUAUAAUCCUAACGUGUAUAAGUUCCAGUUAUUGGCUUGUGUUAAUUAUAUAUUUAAUGAUCUACAUAGAAAUGCUUGGAGAAUCAACGUAAUCUAAGUGACAGAUGUUACGGUGAUAACUCGCGCCACUUUUGGAUAAAUUACCUCAUUUUGAUUGAAUAAAAUAUGGAAGAAAUCAAGGAUAACAUCGUCGAAAUGGAAUGUAACCAACCCGAGUCAGAAGCAGUCCCCCAAGUCCCCAUAGUGGAUUCAGCAGGGGAUGCGCCAGUAACUAAGGAAAAUACUGAUGACUCACAGAAUCUGUUCCCCGAUAGUCCUGUUUAUGAGCCCGAUGAUGAUAUUGUGACUGUCAGCAGUGCAACUGAAGACACCAAUGGUAUUUCAACUGAUGCAAAUGACGACCCAGUAACCUGUGCGCAGCCUAAAAGGAAACUGUCAGACGACCCUUCAGACAGUAGCGCGAAGAUCCAAAAACUAGAGCUAACUGACGAUGAAUUCGCCGUGUCCACUCAAAACUUGGACAAUGAGGUGUCGGAAAUCACUAGCGCCCCCAAACGCAAGCUCGAGGACCUUGAGCUUCCCUCCACCUCCCGCGUCCGAACCCCCCUUCGUUCAAGCCCUAGGAGACUCAAGCGCAGCAACAGCGCGGAACUAUCCAAACCCAAAACACCAAAGACCCCAAAAUCCCGGCCAGCCAGUGUCGACAUCACUAAGUCCCGGAAAACACCCCGCAAAAUACAACCCGAGCUAGCCAAAGUGGAACCGAAAGAAGUCUUAGUUAUCUCCGAUAGUUCGAGCUCUCGUCCCAGCAUAGAGUUCGUCUCAGAAAUACCUCCACUGAAAAUUCCAGAAACGAUCGCUGAAGAUAAUUCGGAAUUAGACGACUCCCAAGGUUUCCAUCUAGAACUUUCCCCAUCAUUAGAAUCAGAUGAGCUUAACGAUAAAACAAAAACACCCAGUAAUAGCGAUCCAGUGCUUGUUAGGAAUAGGAAAGAAGAUAUUAAUCCAGGCAAAGUAACUGCACCUAGAAGUGAAGGAUAUAAGUACUCGAAUCAAGGCAACUUCUCGCAAACCGGUCCGAAAGAUUACAAUAUAGGGAAGACUACGGACCAGGAAAGUACUGAUAGCGUUGGUUCACUAAACUUGGAGAGUCCAGAACCCAUGCCUACAAUGGCUUCGAAAUUAAUUUCGAAACUUUCCAACGGAAACUCGUCCACUCCAACUGAGGUUUUAGAUGGCAAGAUGACAAGUGCCGAGGAUAGCGACAGUACUCCUGACAUGACGAAACUUAACGCCGGGAAGAACAAACGAGGGAAGAAUGAGUCCUUCAGAUCAAGUAACAAUGCUACCCCUUCAACCAUUUCUCCUUUGGCAAAUGGACAUUCUUUGCCAAUCAAUACGCCUCAAAUUCCAGUGUUUGAUGUGCAUAUCAGUCACAAUGAGGACAACGAAUUUCUGUCCCUCUACGUUGUUCGAACAGACAACGAUCUCGGUAUGGACAUGUGUAGAGAAUACCAGAGAAUCUCCAAAAGGUUCACAAUUGAUCCGUACUUAGGUGAUGUGUCAGUGAGUAACUCCCCUUCAAGUGUUACCAGCGGUGGAAUGAUAAACUUGCCGAAUAGAACCUCUUUCGCGUCAACAGUCAGUUCGACAUCAACAUCCAGUAACCGAACCAGUGAUGGCAAUUUCGUAGUACCACAACCGCCGCGGAAAUCUAUUGCCAACCCAACAACAUCUGUUAAGGGAUACGAAGCCUUAAUGAAGAAGCUACAAGACAUAUUCUCGCAUAUCAGGGAGACUUCGGUCGAUGAAGGGUUGAGCGACGACAAAGUUUCUGUAGGCAUCCAAACAUCGGUUUCUAAUGACAGUACUAUGAGCAAUGGUAAUGCAAGUCCGGAAGAAGUUAGCAAAUGCGAUAAGGCGACCCCAAAAAGCUCUUUGAAGAAAACUCGGGUUCGGGGUCGACGGCACAUAGCCGGGAAGACAAAACGAGCGUUACUACCUACCCAACCUGAGGAGCCAGAAUACAUGCACGGAAUGAAUUCUCCUGAAAUGGUGCCAACUAACGGUGAAAAUGGGAAAGAAUCUCCCGUAAAAUCUCCUAAAGAUGAGAAACCUUUGUCAUCUUUGGUUGCUACGCCGAAGUCUUUGAGCAAAUUGAAGGCGAAACGGCGUCCGACUUCGCCUAGACCAGCUACACCGGUAGAAAAAGCUGUGGUCAAGCCUGAGUACCCAGGUUAUGCCCCUGAUACAGUCGUGCUAGCCAAAUGGGUGGAUAAACGAUACUAUUCCGGCAAAGUUUUGGAGAUUACCGAGCCAAAUAAAUACCUGAUCAAAUUCGACGAUGGUCAAAGCAAGGUUUUGUUAGAUGAUUUUAUUAUCUUUGGUGAUAUGAAGACCUUGCCUCUAGAAGGACAGUCGGUGUAUGCUAUGGUCGAUGAAGAACAGAACUAUGAGCCUGGGUUGGUGUUGGGAGUUGAAGAAAAUGAUUGUGGAACUGUCACUUAUAAAUGUACUACUGAUGGCGAUACCCUGGUAAUGGUGACGGCUAGCGAGCUCUACCUUACGGAAGACCAGGCGCGGUCACUGAAGGAGUCAGCUCGCACCAGAUCACCGUCCGCCCCGGCAACUCCUCGUCGCAGACACAACAGGGAACUGGACCUUGAUAAUAUUAUUCAGGGUCCCCGCAGUGCCCGCAGCCGUGACAAAGGCAGCUCAAGUGCGCGGAAACGUGUCGCCUCGCCCAAGAGUCCUAAAGCAUCCACAUCGGGCAUCUCAGGGUCCAAAGCCAAGAGCACCCCUCUGGCCCGCAAGCGGCUGGGCAGCGAGAGCAGCUCGGUGAGCGAGAGCAGCAACUCCGCGCCGCCCGCGCGCCUCGAGGAGGUGGCCGGCGUCGAGCCCGAGGUGCAGCGGACGCCUAGGAAGAUCGACGGCGUUAAAGCGGGCCCCCUCCAAUUAAAAGGCGCCGCCAAACACACAAUAGGCAAGAAGAACUCCAAACUGACUAAGUUCGAGAACGACGAAGAUACGGUGUCUAAGCUCGGGCCGAUACCCGAGGCGGAUAGCAAACUGUUCGCCGGACUGCACUUCUUGCUCACUUGCACCGAAAUGCCGAGGCGGACCAGGACUACCACUGAUAAGGCAACUCAAAGCCACGACACUCGCCACUACUCCUCGGAAGAGGAUGGAGAGACCACCUCGUCGGUAGCUGGUACUGACACUGAAGACCUGGAGUUCUGUGACCGACCCUUCAACAAGGAGCGCUUGAAGGAACAGCUCGAAGCUGGUGGAGGAACUGUUUAUAGCCACUUCGACGACGUACCAAAAAACAAAUACGCAGUCUGCAAACUAAUCGCUCCUCGUCCCUGCCUAACUGCCAAGUACAUACAAUGCUUGGCCGCCGACAUACGUUCCGUUUCACACGGCUGGGUCAUCAUGAGCUGCAUAGACAACACUCUGCGUGAUGUAGACUCCUUCGCUCUGCCUGCGGGCUGGAGUAUUCUGAAACAGAGAUUUAUUAACUGGGUCCCGCAAUCAGGCAGACGGAACGCAACCUUCUUCAAAGACAAGAUCAUCCUCCUCUGCGGCGAUCAGGACACGUUCGUCAAAUUCUGGGAACGUGUGUGCACCCUCGCCGGCGCCACCACGCGCGUCGUCAACGAGGACGACCUCAACAUGGCCGGGGCUCUAGCACUCGUCACCGAGUGGGACUGUCCACAUGAAGUACAAAAUAAAGCUAACCAGGACAAUAUCCCUCUUGUGUCCACUACCUGGGUGGUACAGUCCCUGAUUGAGGCCCGCGUCAUCGUCCCCACCAGCCACGAAAAGUUCUCAUUUAUGUUCGCGGAGCCAGAAUGAUCCUGGGACUUUAAAAAGAUCCUCAUUAUACGUGAAAAUUGACACUUGAGGUGACGCGACAGAGACGCUUAGUGAUAGUGAAGUGAAAUAUAGAAAAAACUACUAAAUUGCAGUGGUAUAUGCAGUGUGCGGUUGUCAAAUUCAAUAAAGUACAAAUUAUAUUGGUUAUUGGCUAAGCGUUACAGAGGCAUUGUAUAGUAUUGUCGUAUGUAAAGCUUACAAUUUAGAAGUUAUAUAGUAUGAAAGUUAUUCGCUUAGCUCCAGAUGUUCAUAUGUUGCUAUUUUUGUAAGCAAAAUUUAAUCAAAGAAAUAUUUUAUUCGCAACCUUGAGCCCUGCUUAUACCACUGGUUAGUAAGUUAUUAAAACAAAUGUGUAAGUGUUAAUGACUGCAAGAUGAAGCAGAUAAAGUGGACUCAGGAAUUUUUCUAAAAUGAAGGUCUUGGUGUUAAUAGGUUAUAAGGAUGUGCAGUUAUUCUAUAUAGUUAGUUAUAACUGAUAACGUUAAAUAGAUUUCGUUCGCGAUAUAUUUGGCUUAUAGUACUUUGGAACGAGGCAAAAAUGUCUUAGUAUU